CUAUCUUCAACCUUGUUCUCACUCUAGUCAUCAGAAAAGUGGGAGAGGAAUUUAGCUCGAAUUCGGAAGGAUCGAUGGCGAGCGGACUCUCGAUUCCGUUUCCUCGCUUUGUUUCCCAGGUUGAUCCCAAUCACUUCGCUACAUCAACCACCGACCUUUCUCAACUUUCUCUGCGCGGACGCCAUAGCUUAGUUAUCAGAACUUCAAGGAAUCGAACUCCAUACCUCUGCAACAGAAUUUAUAGCUAUAACACCAAUGAUAAUAGCAAUAAACAACCAGAGACAACCGGAAUUCAGCUCUAUCGUGAUAUUGAGAGAGUGCUUACGGAGAGUGUAAGACAGUCUCAGUAUUCUUGGGGCAGCUCGGGAGACUGGAGUGAAGUGGAGGGAGCGUGGGUUAUCAAGCCAAAAGAUUCCCAGCCUAAUGCAAUCGUUCAUUUCGUCGGUGGUAUAUUUGUUGGAGCUGCUCCUCAGCUUACUUACCGUUUGUUUCUUGAGCGCCUUGCAGAAAAGGGUAUUUUGGUAAUUGCAACUCCAUACGCCAGUGGGUUUGAUCACUUCUAUAUAGCAGAUGAAACUCAGUUUAAAUUUGAUAGAUGUCUCAGGUCCCUACAGGAAUCAGUAGAAGAUCUUCCUACGUUUGGCAUUGGGCAUUCUCUAGGAUCCGUCAUUCAUCUUUUGAUUGGCUCAAGAUAUGCUCUGAAAAGAAAUGGAAAUAUACUAAUGGCAUUCAACAACAAGGAUGCAAGCUUGGCAGUUCCAUUAUUUUCACCUGUAUUAGUCCCAAUGGCUCAAAGAUUUGGACCUCUUCUAUCUCAGAUUGCUUCCUCACCAACUGUCCGCUUUGGGGCUGAAAUGACUUUGAAGCAGUUGGAGAAUCUUAGCCCCCCCAUAUUAAAACAAGUUCUCCCACUGGUUGAACAACUUCCUCCAUUGUACAAGGACUUGGUAGACGGUAGGGAGAAUUUCAGUCCUAAGCCAGAAGAAACUCGAAGACUAGUUAGAUCAUACUAUGGCAUUUCUCGGAAUCUACUAGUACAGUUCAAAGACGAUGCAAUUGAUGAAACUCCUACACUAGCCCAAUUGUUUAGCUCAGGGUCUGCGGUUAGUUCAAUGCUAGACAUGUCUAUUCGCACACUUCCUGGGGAUCAUGGUCUUCCUCUACAUCAGGCUCUACCGGAUGUUCCUCCAGCAAUGGUGGAUGCGGUUAAUAGGGGAGGUGAGUUUCUAGCGAAUUUGGCUGCAGGAACGCCGUGGGAGAAUGUUGCAAAAGAAGCAGGCAUUGACACAGGAAUGCUUAGAGCAGCAGAUAAUUCUAAAGAUUUGGAUUCGCUUGUGGAUGUGAUCGCUUCUUGGAUAGCUUCUAAUGCAACUGGUUCAAGACUUUUGAGGUCUUGAAUCGAGAAUCGUGAUCCCUGAAGUGUUGGACUCAACCCGCAUAAACUGGCCAAAACAAACACAAUUCUUCUGCAGUGGAAAUUGUCUUAUUUCCUGUAAAUUUGUUGAAAGAAAAGAAGGAUUUUACUUCAUAUAUUUUCUUAUAAGUGAAACAAACAAUCAAUAGUAAAAACAUUACAAUCUCUUAAUUAAA